AUGAAGGCGCGGGUCAAGGACCAGAAGGUGAAGGAGACCGGCAAGGAGGCCAACAAGGCCGAGCGGCUCCAGAAGAAGGGCAAGGGACAGAAGGUCGGCGGCCGCUUCGUGUUCUCGUGCGAGGGCCUCUCCAAGACCCUGCCCGACGGCCGGCCCCUCUUCACCGAUCUCUCCUUCUCCCUCUACGAACGAUCGAAGAUCGGCGUGCUCGGCCCGAACGGCGCGGGAAAGUCGUCGUUGAUGAAGGUCAUCGCCGGGCUCGACGACGAUUUCGACGGCCGGGCGCACGUCCACGAUGGCGUCAAAGUCGGAUACCUGCCACAGGAACCCGAGCUGGAUCCCACAAAGGACGUGCGCGGCAACGUGUUGGCUGGCGUGCAGGACAAACUCGACAUCCUCGAGGAGUACAACGAGGUGUGUCGAAAAUUGGAGGGGGAGAAAGAGGAAGACGACGAUGACGAUGAUAGCGAAGACGAGGAUGAGGAGGAGCUGCUCGAGCGCAAGGCCGAGCUCGAGGCGCAGGUGGAGCAGCUGGGCAUCAAGGACCUCAGCUGGCGCAUCGACCGCGCCAUGCACGCCCUCCGCUGCCCCGAGCCCACCAAGCAAGUCCACUUCCUCUCGGGCGGCGAGCGUCGCAGGGUGGCGCUGUGCAGGCUUCUGAUCUCCGAGCCCGAUCUGCUGCUGCUCGACGAGCCCACCAACCACUUGGACGCCGAGUCGGUGGCGUGGCUCGAGCGCUUCCUCUCCGAGUACAAGGGCACCGUCAUGGCCGUUACACACGACCGCUACUUCCUAGACAAUGUGGCCGGCUGGAUCCUCGAAAUCGACCGAGGCGACUGCUUCGUGUACGAGGGCAACUACUCGACGUGGCUCACGGAGCACCAGAAGCGAAUCGAUCUCGAGCAGAAGAAGGACGUGGCGCUCUCGAAGCAGAUCGACCAGGAGCUCAAGUGGAUCCAGCAGACGCCCAAGGCCCGCCAGUCGAAGAACAAGGCGCGCGUGAAGGCCUACGAGCAGCUGCUCGAGCAGGCCCGCGUCAAGCCCUUCCAGCCCGGCACCAUCCUCAUCCCGCCCGGACCACGCCUGGGGCGAGUUGUGGCUGAGGCGGAGCGUCUGCGGAAGCAGAUAGAGGACCGAGUGCUGAUCGAUGACUUCAGCUUCUCCCUCAAGCCCGGCGCCAUCGUCGGUGUGAUUGGGCCGAAUGGUGCGGGCAAGACAACCCUGCUCAACAUUCUCUCGGGUGAGGAUAAGGACUUCGAGGGCGACCUGAAGAUCGGUGAAUCGGUGGUGCCGGGCUAUGUGACGCAGCACCGACAGGACCUGACCGAGGGCAACACCAUCUAUGAAGAGAUCUCCGAAGGCGACGACUACAUCGAGAUCUCCCCCAAUAACACCAUCCACACCCGCCAAUAUGUCGCCGCCUUCCGGUUCUGGAAUCAGCAGCAGGAGAAGACGGUUGACGUGCUGAGCGGCGGCGAGCGCAACAGGGUGCACCUGGCCAAGCUGCUCAAGCGGGGCUGCAACCUGCUGCUCAUGGACGAGCCCACCAACGAUCUCGACGUGCACGUGCUGCGCAACCUCGAGGAGGCGAUCGAGGCCUUCGCCGGCUGCGCGGUGGUGGUGACCCACGACCGGUGGUUCCUGGACCGCGUGUGCACGGACAUCAUCGCCUUCGAGGGCGACGGCCGCGUGGUCUACUUCGAGGGCAGCUACGGCGAGUACAUGGACCGACGCGAGAAGCUCAACGGCCCCACACGACACAAGUUCAUCAAGCUCAAGUAA